AUGAUCGACCACAAACAAAAUCUUUUGUUUGCACCAGUGAAAUAUAUAGUUGAAAAUAAUAAUAUCAAUUCUUUCUCGAGUGUGGUUUGUCGCGUUGAUCAUAGAAUUUAUGAUUGCGCUAAAUUUAAAGCUAAAAGUGUACAUUAUCGCAUAUCUGAAGUUAACAAAUUGAGGUUAUGUUUAAAUUGCCUACGCUAUGGCCAUAGCGUGCGUCAUUGUAGAUUAGGUCCAUGCCGCGAGUGCAAAAAAAGACAUAACACUCUUUUGCAUAUACCACUUCCAAGUGAUAAAGGUUCUGAUAAGAAUGUUACUACAUCCUGUGCUACUAUAUCGGAAGAAACCGUAGUCAACUUUUUUCAACAAAACUCGACAUGUGUUUUACUGUCUACCGCAAUAAUCGAAAUAUCAAAUCCAAAUACAAAUAAAUCUAUACGAGUGAGAGCGCUAUUGGACUGCGGUAGUCAGUCAUCUUUCACAACUCAAUCUCUCAAAGAAAAACUAUCGUUACAAUCAUAUAGCAACAAUGUCAUCAAUAUUGUGGGCAUUGGAAAUAACCAUACCAAUAAAGCCAUUGAAAGUUGUGUAGCACAACUUCAUUCAUUAACUGAACCUUUCAAGGUCAAUCAUUUUUUUCUUGUGUUACCGGAGCUUACAGACAAUAUUCCUAAGUUCCCUAUUGAUAUACAACAAUUAAACAUACCCAAUAAUAUAAAACUUGCUGACCCUACGUUUAAACAUUCUGCGCCUAUUGAUAUACACAUUGGCGCCGAACUGUUCUGCAAGCAAAUCACGCUUGGCCCUAACAAUCCUAAACUUAGAAGUUCCAAAUUCGGAUGGUUGAUUUCAGGUCCUUAUACAAAUUCAUUUCAUAAAUCUAAUGAUAUUACUCAAUGUCAUCUUUUAGCUACAUUAUCAAAUUCUGGUUUUGAUUACAAUAAUAUCAAUACGCAAAUGUCCAAAUUCUGGGAACUAGAAGAAGUUCCACUAAAACAUCAUUUAAACCCCAAGGAGAAGGCAUGUGAAGCUCAUUUUAUUAAUCACACCUUUCGCCUUGAGUCAGGUAGAUUCUCUGUCAGUUUGCCCUUAAAAGAUUCACCAGACUAUUUGGGUGAAUCUUAUACUCUCGCCAAAAAACGCUUACUCACUUUAGAAAAACGAUUUAGAAAACAGCCAGACGUCAAAUUACAAUACAUAAAUUUUAUACGAGAUCAAGACUGA